AUGCGUUCUUCACUAGUAAACCUGCUAGUCUGCACUUUUCUUGUCAAAGUUAGUAACAGUGAAAAUACCUUCGAGAACGUGACAGUUGUGCUUGCUCGUAAUGACGUACCAGAAACAACGGUAGCUACAUUUGACAGUCUUAAGGAAGUUAUUCCUGACGUAAAAGACGAGGUGAGAAUCACUGGAAACGUUCCCAUCUUGUACGAAAACUCGAUCUUCGAUGUACCAAGUCUGUUCAGUCUUGACCUGUCUAACGUAGGUUUGGAAGAAAUCAAACCGGGAGCUUUUGGUAAUGUACCACUUUUGAACAAACUCGUCCUGAAUUCGAACAACCUGACAGAAAUCCAAAGUGAUACAUUUACCGAUCUAAAUGUAAGGUAUAUAGAUUUGUCUUCCAACUCAAUCUUCCUUCUACAACCAGGAGCCUUCACGAAUUUCAAAGCUUAUUACGUGACACUUGAAAACAACAAACUCACUGAACUUUCAUCUGGUGUUUUUGAAAAUGUUACUCUCGGAAUAUUAAAUUUGGGUAGUAAUUCUCUCUACACAAUCGCACCAAAAGCUCUGUCUACACUUGGAUUGACAAGGUUGAAUCUGUUUGGGAACAAUCUCGAGGAAAUCGAUCCAGACGUUUUUGAUAUGCAAGAGUUAACAUCACUCAGUUUGAAUUACAACUCAAUCAAGUCUCUGCGAUCUGGUGAUUUGAGAAACUUACCACAGUUGGAUGAUCUCUGGCUUUCGGGAAACGAGUUGGAAGAAAUACCAGAAGGAGUUUUCAACAAUACCAAACUCGCCUACUUGCAUCUAGACAGAAACCAUAUUGCUGAAAUUGGGAGCCAAGCUUUUGAUAACAUGUCAGCGCUUAUAUUGUUGAACAUUGACUCCAAUAAUCUGACACAAUGGGAUAAUGAUUGGCUGAGUGGAGUAUCGCGAAAUGCUUUUAUUUCAGUCGGGCACAAUCUAAUUAGUGAGAUUCCAGAUGAAGCAUUCAAGAAUUAUCCUCAAGUGGCAAGUAUUAAUCUUCAAGGGAAUAAAAUUAGGAACAUUUCAGACAAUGCGUUUGAUCAAUUAGAAAUCAUUAAUCAUUUUAAUUUGGCUUAUAAUGAGAUUGAUAACUGGGAUUCAAAUUUAUUGGACAACGUUAUUAUUCUUCAUUUGGAUCUCAGAAAAAAUAAGUUAAAAUGCAUCGAAGGAGAUUUGAGCGAAAUUUUCAGAAAAGUUCAGCUCAUAGGUUUGGAAAAUAAUCCUUGGGAUGAAGAAUGCGCUAAGAAGAUUGGGGAGUUUCAGAAUAAGAGAAACUGGAUAUCAUCGUGGGAUCGUUACCAACUAGACUAA